AUGGGCUAUGAGCCUCGAACUCAACGACCUCCUGUGUCACCUCAGACAACAAAUGUCGCGAUUGAUGUCCUUAAUGAAUGGGAGUCCGUAUUCAUGACAGAUGUGAAAAUGACGGGGGAAAUUUUACAGCGCCAUGUAUGUAAACCCGUAUGUCACAAGUAUGGACAUUCAGAAUGCAGGUUUUUGUUUCCACACGAGAUCGUUGAUGCAUCACACUUUGAUUCAGAAACUGACGCUAUUGUAUUGUUGUGUCGUGAUGCGACUAUCAACUAUUAUAAUCCCUAUAUUCUCAUCUGUUGUCGACACAAUCAUGAUCUAAAAUGUAUCUUAUCUGGCAGAGCAGCAAAGGGAGCGAUGUGUUAUAUCAGUGACUAUAUCACCAAGAUGGACCUCAAGUUUUUCCAGAUGCUAUCACUCCUU